AUGAGGACCAUCAUGUUUCCAUUGGGUAUCUUUUUUCCCCCCUCCAUCUUUGCUUUCUUAGUGCUAAAUUCCCUCUCCGCUGCAGGCGAGCUGGUCCAUACCAAAGCAGGCCAGAGCGCCACCAUCGAGUGCGGCCUCAACAAAUUCACCAACAAACUAGAGUGGCAGCAUGGCAACAAUCUGGUCGUCAGGACCAUCGGCAAGCAUGGCGUGCCUUACAAAGGCACCGGUGACAUUAGGUCGAGGUCAAUGGUCAGGCAGGACACUAAUCUGGUCAUUAAGAAGGUAAAGGGAGGAGACGCGGGACCGUUCACAUGCUCAGCGGACAACGAGUCUCGAGUGCACACCCUUGUCGUCGUCACCGUGUCCGUGGACCCCCAAGGUGUCCUCCAGCUGGGCAGCCAGGCUACGCUAAAAUGUGGUGUGUCCGGUCUGCCUACGUACACGGUGGUGCGAUGGAGGGGGCCAGACGGAGGUCUUCACCCGGGCUCCUUGGCCAACCUUAACCCUGUUGAGGUUGCCCACGCAGGGAUUUGGCAGUUUGUGUUCUCUCACGAAGGCGCUGAGUACACGGAAGAGAUGAUUGUUUUUGUUAAUGCAGCCUCCAUGACGACCGCCUUCCAGUACUUUGAUGGUCUUCCCGCGCCCCGUGGUGAUGUUCUGGUUCCGGCGCUGGCCUGGUGGGUUCUGGUAGCAGGUGGCAGCGUGGUGGUGCUUCUGCUGAUGGUUUUGGUGCUAGUGUUGUGGCUCAGGAUUAAAAGAAGGAAGGCAACCCGCCAGCUGCUCCUGCUGUUGCAACACCACAGAAGAAGAAGAAGCCCUCCCGACGCUAAAGACGUGACAGAAGAAAGCAAAAAAGAUGGAGAUAAGGAAUGA